AUGUCAACAGGCAGCUUUGCCGCUGCCCAAGAGCGAAUCCUAGCACGGCAAGCUGCCCAACAACAAGAAGCUCGUGCACGCCAACAGCAAGUCGAGAUCGCUGGUGCCCAUGCUUCCCUAUCCCGAGUUGCGCACUCCUUGCGGCCGGGACUAUCCUCCCUUUGGUCGACUUUGGUAGACUCCGAGGGUACAAGGCCCGCCUUUCGAGUAGGCCAGGUCGAUGCGGAACUGCUUGACGAGGAACUGUUAGGGCUGUUGAAGACACAGGUCGGAGAUGCGCUCAAAUAUCUGGGGUCACAUCUGCAGGAUGACUGGUCGCAAGAGAUUCUCCUCGGCCUGAGGGUCGCCCUGUUCAAACUCUCCAUAUGGGACAACGAUGCCUCUUAUGGCGCCUCCUUGCAGAAUCUACGAUACGCCGACGCUCGAAAGGCCAGUCUAGCACUACCGAAGCCGACAAGAUGGCAGAAGGGUCUGUACGGGGUUAUCACCAUAUUUGGACGAUACGGUUGGGAUAAGUGGCAGGACUGGCUAAUUGAUCAAGAGCGAGGUUAUACCAGCCCUUCAGAGGCGGCGCAGAGGCUGAUGCGCCUCACCUCUUUGGUCUCGACCACCCACUCCAUCGCUGCAUUCUGCUCAUUCUUGGUGUUUCUUGUCAAUGGGCGCUAUCGGACCCUCACCGACCGUCUUCUCCGCUUGAGACUCGUCUCGCCGUCCAACCAAGUGAGCCGGGAGGUGUCCUUUGAGUAUCUCAACCGUCAGCUUGUCUGGCAUGCUUUCACGGAAUUCUUGUUGUUUCUGCUUCCCUUGGUUGGCAUCAGUCGGUGGCGGAGGUGGCUUUCCAGGGCAUGGAAAAGGGCUAAAGAUGCCAUGAGAUCGGAAAAUUCGGAGGCCGAAGACCAAAAGAUCAAGACCGGACCGCUAUCAUUCCUUCCGGAGAGGACAUGCGCCAUCUGCUACCAGGAUCAAAACCCAACAUCGACGUCCGAGGCCGAAAUACUUGGGGCCAAUACGGGAGCAGGAGGUGGUGUGAUCGGCUCUGCCACUACCGACAUUGUCAAUCCCUACGAGACGAUUCCUUGCAGCUGCCUCUACUGUUUUGUAUGCAUAGCAACGAAGAUCGAGGCUGAAGAAGGAGGAGGAUGGACAUGCUUGCGCUGUGGAGAGACCGUGUACAGAUGUCGACCCUGGAGUGGCGAUGUUCUCGUCGAGAGGAGGACAAGCAACAAGAAUGGAAAGUCGGUUGUUUUCUCUCUUACAGCCGAAGAGAAACCCGAAUCACCACAAGAUGAGCCUUCAGAGGAGAACCCCGAUAUGUUUGAGUCUUCUCUCACCUCCUCCCAGUGGUCCAUGGCAGAAAAGGAGUCGUCCAAUGGUUAA